AUGGCGUCCACGAUGCUGUUCACGGCGGUGUUUGUUCUGGAUUUCGUAGCUUUCCUGCUUGCUCUCGCUGCAGAGCAGACCCGAAGUACCGCUAAGGUUGUGAUUGACAGCAAGUACGACUACUACUACUGCUUCUACGAUUCCAACAUCGGCAACGAUCUUGGGAGCUGCCGCCUUCGGCCUGCUACUCGCCGGUCAGUUCCUCACCUGCUUCUUCCUCAACAGAAACGCUUCCAACAAACACCGCCGCCGUGCAGUCCUUUCCGCCGCGAUCUGCUGGACUGCAUUUCUGGGAGCAGAGGCUUGUUUGCUGGUGGGUUCGGUGAAGAAUGCGCAGCGGACCGAUUACAGGGUGGAGCGGCUUUCAUUAUGGUCUCCAGCUUUGCUUCCAAGUUGAAUACCUGCUGGUCGGAGUUGGAGGAGGAGGAAGGCGCCGGAGCCGGCGGCGAUUUGGGAGCCUAUACUCCGAUCUGA